AAACUAGUCUAUAAAACACACAGUGAGCAGAGGAAAAUUCCAAAGUUUGCGGUAUCAAACAAUCUGAAAGACAUGAUCAAAAUAGAAGUGUGCAUCAGAGGCAAUGUCGUCCUCUGUGUUCUCAUCGGCCUGUUGAUUGGUGGGACCUCUCAGGCUGAAGACAGUCUUGAGGCACAGGGACCAGUUGUCCAACAAGAGCCAGACGCAGCCUUUCUAAAGCUUAGACUAGACUUGUUGGAGAGUCGUUACAGACGUCUGUGUCACCAGUACGCCACCCUGGCAUACAAGUGCUCAGCUUCAGAUGACCUUUCAGCACUCAGUUGCAGCGCGUGUCCUGACGGGUGGCUUCACGUGGAGGAUCAAUGCUUCCACCUCAGCACUGACAGGGCCUCCUAUUCAAACAGCUCACAGAUGUGUUCAGAGAUGGGCGCCCAUCUUGCCACCUUGACCACCAAAGAACAGCAUGAUGCUGUGAGAAUAGAAUCCAAUAGAAUCGGAGGCUCAUUAUACUACUUCAUCGGACUGAACGACAUUGAGAAGGAAGGAGAGUGGAGAUGGGAGGACAAAAAACCACUUGAAAUUCCAUUUUGGAGCACAGACUACCUUGUACAGCCUGACAACUACCUGUGGGGUGAGACAGAAGGAGAGGACUGUGCGGUGGUGGACGCUCUCCUCCAAACCUGGUACGAUGUUCCCUGUCACUUCACGUAUCGCCGAAUCUGUCAGAAGGCGGCUCUCCCGGUCAAAUGAGCCUGACACACCACUGCGGGACCACCAGUCACAUGUGGAAAAUAUUGAUACUUUAUUGGAAUUUUUUUACAAACAGAUCUACAAAUAAAAAAAAUCUCCAACUAAAA